UUGGCUUCACUCAGAUUCAAAUUGGCACUCAGUCGCUAAAGACCAUAAUCUUCAAGUCGAAAGAAAAUCGAAUUUUAUCCAAAUUCUUUUCAUUUUAAAUUAUUAAUUAUUUUAGAUCGAUUUCAGAAUGGCGCCACGUAACAAGGAACAAGAGCAAGAAGUUUUGGAAUGGAUUUUCGCUGUUUUGGGCGAAAAAGUGCCAGCCGGCCAAUAUGAAGACAUUCUUAAGGAUGGCAUUGUUUUAUGUAAAUUGGCCAAUAAACUUACGCCCGGCUCGGUAAAGAAGAUUCAAGAGCGUGGCACCAAUUUCCAAUUGAUGGAAAAUGUACAACGUUUCCAAGCUGCCAUCAAGAAGUACGGUGUUCCAGAAGAAGAAAUCUUCCAAACUGCCGAUUUGUUUGAACGUCGUAACAUCCCACAAGUUACAUUGUGCUUGUACUCAUUGGGUCGCAUUACACAAAAACACCCUGAAUUCAAUGGACCAGCAUUGGGACCAAAAAUGGCCGAUAAAAAUGAACGAUCAUUCACCGAUGAACAAUUGCGUGCUAAUGCAGGUCAAUUGGACUUGUUGACACAAGGACAAAUGGGAAAAGCAUCGCAAGCUGGACAUGGUGGAUUCGGAAACACUCGUCAUAUGUAAUCUAGUCACUGUCACCAAUUGACAUCGCUUUAAUACAAUUGUUUUUUUUUUUACAUUUGCUCACGGCAUCAAUAUGUUUUUAUUAAAGUGAAAAAUGAAUGUACGAUAAUAUUUUUUUUUAAAAAGAACCAAUUUAAUAAAUUCAUUUAAUUGAAUUCGCAAAAGCUUUUAAACUUGGCGCUUGUAUGUCUUUUCUUUUUUUUUCUCUAUCUCUAUUUUGAUUAAAUUGUGUGAGAUGAGAAAAUUUAUUUAUUUAUUUUUAGAAACUAUAUAAAAUAUGAAUGAUCAACGAAAAAUGUUACAUCGGUGCUGCCAAAUGAGCGAAAUAAAAUUAAUUAAAUUGUCUUGUAUAGACGGUUUAAUCGACUAAUUAACAA